AUGUUAUAUGUUGGCAACACUUGUUGUAGUUCUGUAAACAGCCGCCUAGAGCGCGCCCUCUGUACAGCCUCCGAGCAGCUGAUGCUCUUGUUGUCAAUCCGCCGUCAAGCCUGCCCAAGUAAACAUCUAUUGAACGCUACCGCUGAGUUGAGAUUCACUGAACCCUACCAUCCAGAACUUAGCACAUGGUGAUCAGCUGUGAAGAAGAGAGAACUCCCGCAUCAAGAAAAUGGCUGACGGCGGAGAAGGCCCUGAACCCCCAAGACCGGUGAUUAGAAUCCAGCAACCGGACCCAUUCAACUGGAAUGCAGAAGAGUGGCCGGCGUGGAGUACACGUUUUCUGCGUUACCGGCGCCUAUCCAAGCUGGACAAGGAUGCACCGGCGACGCAACUGGACGUACUUCUAUACCUGAUGGGCGAAAAGGCGGACAUCGCUAUGAAAACCUUCAGGUAUGCGCCGACGGAGUCAAAUGAAAAUGUCCUACAUGUCAUGGACAAGUUCACCGAGUACUUCGGAGGCAAAAUCAAUGUCAUCUACGAGCGAGCUAAGUUCAAUCAAAGAAGUCAGCGAGCAGGGGAAUCCGCGUCUGAUUUCAUCACGGACUUAUACUCCAUGGCAGAGAAGUGCAAUUAUGGGGAGUUGCGAGAAGAGCUCAUCAGAGACAGGAUUAUCGUCGGCAUCUCAAACGUACAGCUGUCUGCUGCGAUGCAAAUGGACGCCACAAUCGACUUGGCCAAGGUCAGGGAACGUGUGCUGCAAGCAGAAGACGUCGGAAAACAGCUGCCAGUGCUGCGCAACGGACAUGGCGACGCGGCUCAAGCGCAGAUCAACUUCGUGAGAAAGAGUAAGAAACCCUUCACUAAACCCAAAUCUCACACUAAUGCGCCUUUGCCCAACCAGGACAAGUCCAGGAAGCCCGCCGCAAACCAGUCGCGGCAAUCCAAGCAACCGAAACCGUGCAAGAAAUGCGCCAGGACUCCAAGCCAUCCGUACUCCCAGUGCCCAGCCAAGGAUUCAAUUUGCGGCAGAUGCAAGAACAAGGGCCAUUGGGCAGUGGCAUGCUUCACCGUCAUCAACGAGGCAACGGCGGAGGACCAGCCCCACGCCGAGGAGGUUACGUACUACCUGGAUUGCGUAUCAGCUGACUUGCGAGGUAAAUCACUUAGAGUAGACAUAACCUCAAAUGGCACACCUGUUCGUUGGAAGAUUGAUUCAGGCGCUGACAUUCCGAUCAUUGGGGACAAGACUGUGGACGUGUUGAAGCCCGAAGAUGUUUUGGACCCCGGCGUGAAGGUUAUGUUGGCAGGGCAAGUGCAGGCAAACGUCACUGGGAAGUGCCAAAUUCGGUUGGAGUGGAAACAGAGAGUCUACGACAUUUGGGCUUAUGUCAUUCCAGACCAGAAGGAGCCGCUUCUCUCAAGAUGCCUUGCACUGGAAAUGGGUCUCAUCAAGCUAGCACCAGAGCCAACCAAGAAUGCCAUCGAGGAACUACUGCAGCUGGACGCCAUCGAGCCAGUGACAGAGCCUUCGCUGUGGUGUGCCCCAUUGGUCCCCGUUCCAAAACCAGACGGAACAGUGAGACUGACCAUCGACUACACUGCCUUGAAUGAGUAUGUAUUGAGAGAGUGUUUUGAAAUGCCAACUGUUGAUGAAUCCCAGCAACCAUUGGGACUGAUGCAAAGGUUUUCAGCAAAUUGGAUGCUAAGUGGGGGUACUGGCAGGUAAAGCUGGCUGCAGAAUGCAGAAGUUUUA